AUGGCGCUUGCUGGGCUGGUCGGGCUGGCCCUGCUCGUGCGGGGCGUGCCGGCUGCGCAGGAGGCCGAGUCCUGCGAGGCCGCGGGCGGGUGCGAAGAGGCAGGGCUCGCGCAGCUCAGGACCUUCUUUGCGACGAAGGGCGGCGACUCUGUCCAGGAGGAGGGCGGCUGCAAGUCCAACGGCGAUAUGUGCAUGUCGGACGACAAGUGCUGCUCGGGGAGUUGCGUCGGCGGCGGCUCUAUGAUCCCUGGACAGGUUCUGGGUCGCUGCGCCGACGGGGCCAGCCUCGCGCAGACGGAUCAGUCGCAGGGUUUCACGACGCAGGGCGGCGACUCUGACCAGGAGGAGGGCGGCUGCAAGUCCAACGGCGAUAUGUGCAUGUCGGACGACAAGUGCUGCUCGGGGAGUUGCGUCGGCGGCGGCUCUAUGAUCCCUGGGCAGGUUCUGGGUCGCUGCGCCGAUGGGGCCAGCCUCGCGCAGACGGAUCAGUCGUUCUGGGUCGCUGCGCCGAUGGGGCCAGCCUCGCGCAGACGGAUCAGUCGCAGGGUGACACGACGCAGGGCGGCGACUCUGACCAGGAGGAGGGCGGCUGCAAGUCCAACGGCGAUAUGUGCAUGUCGGACGACAAGUGCUGCUCGGGGAGUUGCGUCGGCGGCGGCUCCAUGA